AUGAACGAUGAGGGUGAGUCGUCUCGAGCUGCGCAGCGACAUGGCGAUGGCAAUGGCUCUCACCCAGACGUGGACCCUGAUGACGCGAUAGCGGCCAUUGAUGAUGAGGAAGAUGAGCGAGAGCGGGAGAAAUGGGCCAAGGAGAGAAGGCUGGAUGCGAAGAGGAAGCGUAUACGGAUGCUCAACGAGCUUCUACGCGAGCUGGACAUGACGGUGUACAUGGAGCUCAUCGCCCUCUACUAUCUCGACUGCUCCUUCUUCUGGCUCGCCGUCAAGGCCCUCAUACACGGAUCCCUCCUGACGCCCAUCCCUGACACAGCCCUCCAACGCCCGCCCGACGAACCCAAGCCCUUCCUCCCGCUGCUUCUCUUCGCCUUCGCUGUCAACUUCGUACUGCAUCUCACGUACCCUGCGCCCGCUGCGGACGAGGACACAAGAGGCUUCCUGCAUGGUGGCUUGAUGAUAGACUUUAUUGGCCAGCAGGGGCCGACCAGUAAAUGGACGCUCGGGGCGUUGGAUUUGUGCAUUUUGCUGCUGCAGCUCGUCAUGGUGUCAGUGCACGUUAAGAGGCGGGAGCUGAAGAGAAAUUUGGCCAAAUCGUCUGCUGGAGAGGCAGCUUCGAGCACGAACACGACCACCGGCGACGGGGCCACGUCAGAAUCGGGCGUCGAGGAUACGACACGAGUGUCAAAUGACAAUGCGGCGCGCGAACAAGAUGCCGAUGAUGAGGAGCGAGGCGUGUUGCACCGGACCGACACGCUCUCUGAUAUGGGAGCCGAUCUUGACGAUGAAGAGGACGCACUGUUACCGUCGUCCGCGGACAUUGGCCAUUCCGAUGCGCUCGAUCUCCUCACUUCCGGUCAGUGUGUGAUUGGCGAAUUCACAUUGCUUGACACCUUGCUGCAAGAAAACAAGAACUACUCGGCCUACCGCUUAACGCGCUCGGAAAGCGGCAUGAAUGACAUGCCCGAGACGCUACGGCGGCUCAACACGUUGCGCACGCGGUUUGGAGUUGGCGGGGGAUGA